AUGAAACAGGAUAUGGAAAGCUUUGUAGCAAUGAUGAGAAGGGUAUGGAAUGAAUGGGAACUGAGGUCCUUAGUUCUCAUUAGCCUCCUCAUUCAGAUUCUACUCAUUUGCUUCGCAAGUGUCCGAAAGCAUAGAGUAUCCACAACAAUCAGCUUCCUUGUUUGGUCAUGCUACUUGUUAGCUGAUUCGGUUGCAACUUUUGCUCUUGGUGUCCUUGCUAAGACCCUACUGAUGAUGAACCAAUGCAACAACAAAAACAACAACAACAACAACUCUUCUUCUGUUGGAGUUGAUGUGCUUAAAGCAUUUUGGGCACCUUUUCUUCUGCUGCACUUAGGUGGCCCAGACAACAUCACAGCUUUCUCAUUAGAAGAUAAUGAGCUUUGGUUGAGGCAUUUGGUUGGACUCCUUUUCCAGGUUGGAACUGCAAUAUAUAUCUUCAUCAUCAGCUUCUUUCCUGCUGUACCUAGCCUUUCCUGGCUGAUCAUCACCAUUCUAAUGUUAAUUGGGGGAACCAUUAAGUAUGUAGAGAGGACAUUGGCUCUCAUGAAUGCAAGCCAAGAUCAUUUUAGGAAUUCCAAAACUUUUUACGGCCUCAGUAGAUUGAUGUCCUUUCAUAGGGAACCUGAAGAGAAUAUUAAUGAAGAUGGCAGAAAAAUAAAUGAUGAAAUAGAGGUGAGAUGGAAAGCUCAUAUGUUAUUUCAGGUAUUCCAGCGUCUUGUUGUUGAUCCAGUCGUGACUCCCUAUAAUCAAGGGAAAAGUGAGACCUUCUUCAUGAAUUCAAGUUGGGAUAUAGCAUAUAAAGUUAUUGAGAUUGAACUUGGGUUUCUGUAUGAGGUUCUAUACACCAAGGCCGCCGUGGCUCGGACUUGGAUAGGUUGGAUUCUCCGAUUCACAAGUGUUUCCUCCAUUAUUGCUGCUUCCAUCAUCUUCUUUGCCUUCAUUGAUCAGAAGCAAACAUAUGACAAGAUUGACUUAACAAUUACAUGGGUCUUACUGAGUGGGGGUAUUGCUCUAGAGUUGUGGUCAUUGAUGACUAGAUCACUCUUCACAGACUGGACUAUUGCUUGGAUGAGGGAGAAAAACUUCAAUCCAUUAAUUACCAGAUUUGUGUUUAAAGCUGUUUCUUAUAAAAAGAAACCCAAAUACAUGGCUCAGUACAACCUGAUCAAUUUUUGCCUCAAAGAUUAUAAGCCAUCCUUCUGGGGAAAAGUCAUGGAGGGCAUUCAAAUGAAGGACCUUAUUAAUAAACACUGGUACAGAACUUACAAGGAAAUCUCUGAGGAACUUGCAAUAUACAUCUUCGGGGAGUUGCAAAAAGCAACAGCUUCUAAGUCUUACCAGCGUUUUGGAAUUACUAGAGGUCAAUGGGCACUUCAAAGCAGGAUAAUUGAUGAUCAAGAAGGACACGUAUGUCAAGAGAGAUUGGAAAAUCAAAUAAGAAUAAAUAGUGAAGAUGAUGAGAUAAUACUAAAUAGCAUCAAGGUUGAAUUUGAAGAAAGCAUUUUGCUUUGGCACAUAGCUACAGAUACCUGCUAUUACUUGGAUGGAGAAGAGAAUCAAUCUGAAACAGUGAUGUCCAACCAGAGAAUAAGUAGAGACAUAUCCAAUUACAUGUUAUAUCUUCUUGUAUCACAUCCUUCAAUGUUGAGUGCAGCAGGAAGGGGACAAAUCAGAUUUCGGGACUCCUGUGAUGAAGCCAAAUUUUUUUUCCACCGAAGAAAGCCAGAAACUAAUGAUUUGAAAGAAGCCUGCAUAAGUCUGCAUCAUCAGGAAGACAAACCACUAAUGUUUAAACCAGAUUUUUCUGUAAUAGACAGGGCAUCCAAGCUUGCAAAUGCAUUGUUGAAACAAGCACCUGAAGACAUAGAAAAGAGAUGGAAGAUGAUAAGCCAAAUGUGGUUGGAGAUGCUGUGCUAUGCGGCUAAUGAAUGUAGAGGAUAUCACCAUGCUCACAGACUUGGUGCUGGCCGCGGGGGAGAGCUUCUCUCGGUCGUCUGGAUAUUACCGUUCGAUGUCUACUUCAUUAAAUUUCCACAUUGUUCCAACUACCUUGCUUCUGUUCAUCCUGAUAACGUCAAGAAAGUCGACUUUGAUGAAAGCAUUUUGGUUCGACACAUAGCUACAGAUAUCUGCUAUCAUUUGGAUAGAGAAAAAUAUCCCAAUCUCAAAAGAGUUGUGUCCAAUUACCAGAGAAAUGGUAGAGACAUAUCCAAUUACUUGUUAUAUCUUCCUGUAUCACGUCCUGCCAUGUUGACUGCAGUAGGAGGAUUUGGUGACAUCAGAUUUCGGAAAACCUGUGAUGACAUCAAUUUGUGGUUCCAAGAAAGAGAGACAGAGACUUCAUUUGAUGAGAAAAAAAGCCUGCACUGUUGCGCAUCAAGGGUUGCAAAAACAUUAAUGUUGGAACAACAACCUGAGGCUGAGUAUGACCUAGAAAAGGGGUGGAAGAUGAUAAGCCAAGUAUGGUUGGAGAUGUUAUGCUAUGCGGCAAGUGAAUUUAGAGGAUAUAACCAUGCUCAGAGACUUGGUGCAGAUGGCGGCCGCGGCGGUGGCGGGGGAGAGCUUCUCACCAUCGUCUAG